GUAGAAGUUGGAAGAACGAUUAUAUGAAGACAAGGGAAUGGGUCGUCGGGAUGACCAAUAAAAAUUAGUUAAGAUAUCAGUUUCAAUCUGAUCGAUUCAGCUGGCAAAAUCGGAAGUCAGAGGAAUAAUUUUAUGCAUAUGUCGUAACACACUUAAUUACCUCCUGGGCAUUAUGUGUUGUGUUUAAAACAAAUGUUUCAUUUCACAACUCUAGCUACCUGCGAUUUCCGUCGUCGGAUGAAUUUCUUUAAUUAGUUUGCAGGUUUUAAUUUGGAUUUUUGCUUUAAAUAAAUAAUGUGGGAGCAGCCCGCCUCCGUGUUGUGGUCAUUACUUUCCAUUCUUACACUAAUGUUGUCCAUUCUAUUCCUGGCAAGAACUCUAAAAAAUAAAAAGUAUAGGGAAGGGGGAGAUGAGGAUCAGAGGGCAUACAGAUUUCCUCCAGGGAGAAGAAGCUGGCCUGUUAUAGGUGAUAGCUUCAACUGGUACAGUGCUGUUGCAAGCUCUCACCCCCCCAAGUAUGUUGAAGAACAGGUCAAAAGGUACGGGAAGAUCUUCUCGUGCCGUGUGUUUGGAAAGUGGGCAGUGGUAUCCGCAGAUCCAGUGUUUAACCGUUAUGUGAUGCAAAACGAAGGGAAAUUGUUCCAAUCCAGCUAUCCCAAAUCUUUCAGAGAUUUGGUAGGGAUGAACGGUGUCAUCACAGUACAAGGGGAACAACAAAGAAAACUGCAUGCAAUUGCCUGCAAUAUGAUGCGUGUGCACAAGCACAAAGUACUCAACUUUCCGUUCCUACAACAUAUUCAAACCAUAAUCAUCCAUACCUUGUGCAGUUUCAGUUUCCCUAACCAUCAAGUGGUAUAUCUACAAGAUGUUUGCAGAAAGGUAGCAAUUAAUCUGAUGGUAACUCAGCUAUUGGGUGUGUCGAGUGACUCGGAAGUGAAUGAGAUAAGUCGGUUAUUUUACGACUUCGUUGAUGGCUGUCUAUCUAUUCCUAUCAACUUACCCGGCUUUGCUUAUUACACGGCCAUGAAGGCAAGGGAGCAAAUCAUAAGCAUAAUUAAUAAGAAAAUAGAGAUGCACAAGUCGGGCGUAGCACUGGAAGCGAGUGGACAGGGAGUGCUCGCAACACUAUUAGAGGAGCAAAACUUAUCUGAUGAGGCAGUUUCAGAUUUCAUCAUCAAUCUUCUUUUCGCCGGUAACGAAACAACUUCUAAAACAAUGCUUUUCGCGGUCUAUUUCCUAACCCACUCGCCUAAAGCAACGCAGCAACUAUUGGAUGAACAAGAUACUUUAAGAAACAAGUAUGGAGAUAAUACGAUCACGUGGCAAGAUUACGAAUCAAUGCCCUUUACCCAGUGUGUUAUUGAUGAGACACUUCGACUUGGUGGAAUUGCAAUUUGGUUGAUGAGAGAGGCAAAAGAAGAGAUUAAGUAUUUAGAUUACGUGAUUCCGAAGGGAUCCUUUGUUGUUCCGUUUCUUUCUGCCGUACAUUUGGACGAGAGUGUAUAUGAGGGAGCUUUAACUUUCAACCCCUGGAGAUGGAUGGAGCUUAAAAAUCAGRAAACGAGGAAUUGGAGGAGUAGCCCAUUCUUUGCUCCAUUCGGAGGAGGUGCCAGAUUUUGUCCGGGGGCAGAAUUAGCACGUCUUCAAAUUGCUUUAUUUCUGCACCACUUUGUUACCAAGUAUAGGUGGACCCAACUUAAAGCAGAUCGGAUGUCUUUCUUUCCCUCUGCUCGGCUAGUCAAUGGCUUCCAAAUUCGYUUGGAGAGAUGGGAGCACUAAUCUCCGUUCUCAAAUGAAAUAUUGCCCCAUCAAUUUCUUUCCUUUGUUAUCUGCUUCAAUUUUGUUAUCCAAUGCUUAGUAUCUUGACAACUUUGGACCCAUUUGAUAUCUUGACUAUUUAGACCAUUUGGUAACGAACCAAGUUCAAGAA